AAGCAGUAAGUAAGACAUCAGGACCAAAGAGACAGAAGCAGCACCAACGAAGCCGCAAGGAUAAGCCCCAGCAACACAACUUCACACAUCCACUCCUAGCUGCUGCACUCAAGAUAUCGGGGUGAUUGAAGUCUCCCAUGAGAACCAGGGCCUGCAAUCUAGUAACUUCUGUUAAUUGCCUGAAGAAAGCCUCAUCCCCCUGGUCCGGUGGUCUAUAGCAGAUUUCCACAACGAUAUCACUCCUGUUGUUCAUACUUCUAAACUUAAUCCAGAGACUCAGGUUUUUCUGAAGCUUCAUACUGGAACUCUGAGCAGUCAUACUGCUCUCUUAGGGCUUGGCUAAACUUGUAAGUUACAGCGCAAGAAAGGAGCCCUCGGCGCCCGAGCUCACUACCUGUCCACACUGGUAAGGCACCUAGAGUGCUCUGUCUCGGCGGCUACAGUGCUGCUGGUAUUCCACCUCGGCAAGUGGAAUAACGUUUGCUGAGCCACUGCUGGACCACCGCGGCGCCAGUGUGGACGCCCUGGUCUCUUGUUGUGCUGUGAUCCGCCUCCAGAAGUGUCCUGCAAUGCCUGUUCUAGCCACUCUGGUCAUCACUUUGAACUCUACUGCCCAGCCCUCAGGUGACCAACCGUCAGACCCGCCCUUUAAAUUAUCUGGGAAUUUUGAAAAUCCCCUUCCUGUUUGCUCAGCCAGGCGUGGAGUGCUCUCUGCAAAUCUUUCCAGGUGACCAUGCCUCCAUGCACCAGGCGAUCCCCAGUAUGGAGCAGUGGCAAGGUGCUGGACCUCAUCAGUGUUUGUGGGGAAGAAGCUGUCCAGUCCCACCUGCUCUCCAGCCGUAGGAAUUACAGUACCUUCGAGCAGAUAUCAAGGAUGUGAUGGAAAGGGGCCAUGACCAGGACGCACUGCAGUGCAGCGUUAAAGUGAAGGAGCUGUGGAAUGCCUACUGGAAAGCCCGCAAGGCAAACUGCCACUCUGAUGCUGCCCCUGUGACCUGCCGUUUCUACAAAGAACUGGACGCGAUACUUGGGGCCGACCCCACCUCCACUCUGAGUACCACCAUGGAAACUUCAGAGCUCAGUUCGACAAGGCGGGAGGAGGAGCAGCAAAGCGGGAGUGAGGGUGCUCCAGUGGAGGAAGACACCCUGGAAUCCCUAGGUGCAUGCAGCCAGGAGCUGCUCUCAAGCCAGGAGGAAGGUAGCCAGUCGCGGCGGCCGGUGCUUGGGGAGGGACAAACACCAGAGGAGGUUCCUGAUGCAGCCUUGAGAUCUCAGCCGUUCGUGUUAUCAAUGGCCAAGAGGCUGCAAAGAAUCAGGAAGAGGCCACAUAGAAGCAAAGAGGACAUGCUACAUGAAGUCAUGUAGCAUUCAACUAAUGAAAAUAAAAUAAAGUGCAGGAGUGGCGGGAGAGUGAAAGGAGGGGUCACAGUGGGAGUGUAACCUGCCUCAACUUCAGUAGCAACGGCAAGUACUUGGUGUCCUGCGCUGAUGACCGCACUGUCCGGAUCUGGAGCACCAAAGACUUCCUGGAGCGUGAGCACCGCUGCAUGCGAGCCAAUGUGGAACUGGACCAUGCUACACUGGUCUGCUUCAGCCCAGAUUCCAGAGCCUUCAUCACCUGGCUGGCAAACGGAGAGACCAUUCGUGUAUUUAAAAUGACCAAGAAGGAGGAUGGCAACUUCACUUUCACUGCAGCCCUUGAAGACUUCCCAAAGAAGCACAAAGCCCCCAUCAUCAACAUCGGAAUUGCUGAGACAGGGAAGUUCAUCAUGACAGCUUCCAGCGACACAACCAUCCUGAUCUGGGACCUGAAGGGUGAAGUCCUGGCCAACAUCAACACUAACCAGAUGAACAAUGCCUUUGCAGCUGUAUCUCCUUGUGGGCGGUUUGUAGCAUCAUGUGGUUUCACCCCUGAUGUGAAGGUAUGGGAGGUGUGCUUUGGCAAGGGAGGAGACUUCCGGGAGGUGACCAGGGCGUUUGAGCUGAAGGGCCAUGCUGCUGGUGUGUACUUCUUCUCUUUCUCCAAUGACUCCAGACGGAUGGCGACUGUUUCGAAGGAUGGCACCUGGAAGCUGUGGGACACAGAUGUAGAAUACAAGAAGCAACAGGAUCCUUAUCUGCUCCUGACAGGGAAGUGUGAAGUGAUGGAGCCUUGUCGCAUUGCCCUGUCCCCUGAUGCUCGUGUGCUGGCCAUCUCGAGCUGCACCAGCAUCACUGUGUACAACACCCGGAGGGGAGAGAAGGAGGAACACUUUGUCAACGUCCAUGGAGAGUACAUCACGGACUUGGCCUUUGACAUUAACAGUCGCUACCUUGUGUCGUGUGGGGAUCGGGCCAUCCGGGUGUUCCACAACACAGCGGGUUACCGGGCUGUCGUGGAAGAAAUGAAAGGCAUGCUGAAAAAAGCUAUUAACGAGGCUACCAGAGAGAGACUGCAGCAGCAGAUCACAGAUGCCCAGAAUGCGCUGGAUGUUAUCUAUGCCAAGAAGGACUAAAUCCCUCUGGGACCUGGGUAUGUGCAGACUCCUCCAGGUCAGGGAGCCUCAUGCUCUGUGUGGUGGGUUUUUAAUAACUGAAUGAGUUGUAAUAAAUGAGUUUACUGACAGCCUCA